AUGUCGACUAUUAACCUGCAUCCCCCGCAAACGUACUCGCGCCUGUUCCGUCCCUGGGAUACGCAGAGGCAGGCGCCCGCUCCACCGGCCAGGACGGUAAAGAACGAGCCCGAAACGGUGAACAUCAAAACGGAGCUGCCCAGCAGCAGUUUCGGCCACGACAGCGACCGCGACUCCUCUUCCUCGUCAAACAGCAGCAGCAGCAGCAGUAGCAGCAAGUCCAGCUACGAUGAUGGAUACACCCGCACCUCCACCCCCCUGCUGGAUGUGACGCCACAGCCCGUCUUCCCACAUCCCUCGUGCUCCUCCUCAGCCUCCCCGACAGUGACGCCAUCCCAGCAGAUGUCGCCGCAGCAGUCCCCCUUCAUGCCCGCCGCCAGCGAUCUGUACUACGCGGCUGCCGCAGCUGCAGCCGCUGCCGCUGCCAGCACUCCCGCCGGUGCCGCUGCUGCCGGCUUCGGCAUGGAUCCGUUCACGCUUGGUCUGAUGGAGCAGGAGUACGCCCGCGUGAUGGCCGAGGACGCCCAACUAAAGGCCCUGAACGCCCGCAAGCAGCGCCCAAAGAAGUUCAAGUGCCCGCACUGCGACGUGGCCUUCUCCAACAACGGCCAGCUCAAGGGACACAUUCGCAUCCAUACCGGCGAACGCCCCUUCAAGUGCGACGUAGACACCUGCGGAAAGACCUUCACUCGCAACGAGGAGUUGACGCGCCACAAACGUAUCCACACUGGACUGCGUCCGUAUCCGUGUAGCGCAUGCGGAAAGAAGUUCGGUCGCCGGGACCACCUGAAGAAGCACAUGAAGACGCAUAUGCCGCAGGAGCGCCAGCUAGGUCCGGCCAUCUUUGUGCCAAUGUAUCCAUAUCUCUAUGGCUACUGA